CUCCCUGGCCCCAGCUCGGGCGGUGGGACGCGGGCGCCCUGGGCACUUGGCAUUGCGCUCGCUCGGGGGCCGGGAGCAGCGCUCGCGACCGGGGUCCGCCCGGGAUGGCGGUGAAAUAAGGGGACCUCGGAGCGGCGUCGUGAUCCCAGGCUGUGCCGGGGACCCCGGAUCUUCCCCGUCAGCGACAUGGGGGACCCGGCGGCCCGCGAGAAACCGCAGCUGCACUACGCGGGUGACUUCACCUGGAACAGCAUGUCGGGCCGCAGCGUUCGGCUAAGGUCAGUUCCCAUCCAGAGCCUCUCCGAGCUGGAGCGAGCCAGGUUGCAGGAAGUGGCUUUUUAUCAGUUGCAGCAGGACUGUGACCUGAGCUGUCAGAUCACCAUUCCCAAAGAUGGACAAAAGAGGAAGAAAUCUUUGAGAAAGAAACUGGAUUCACUAGGGAAGGAGAAAAACAAAGACAGAGAAUUCAUCCCGCAGGCAUUCGGAAUGCCCUUGUCCCAAGUCAUUGCAAAUGACCGGGCCUACAAGCUCAAGCAGGACUUACAGAGGGACGAGCAAAAGGAUGCAUCCGAUUUUGUUGCCUCCCUCCUCCCAUUUGGAAGUAAAAGACAAAACAAAGAACUGUCAAGCAGUAACUCAUCUCUCAGCUCCACCUCGGAAACACCAAAUGAGUCGACAUCGCCAAACACCCCGGAACCAGCUCCUCGGGCGAGGAGGAGGGGCGCAAUGUCAGUGGACUCCAUUACAGAUCUUGAUGACAAUCAGUCUCGACUUCUCGAAGCUUUACAGCUCUCCUUGCCUGCGGAAGCUCAAAGUAAAAAAGAAAAAGCGAGAGAUAAGAAACUCAGUCUGAAUCCUAUUUACAGACAGGUUCCCAGGCUGGUGGACAGCUGCUGUCAACAUCUAGAAAAACAUGGUCUCCAGACAGUGGGGAUCUUUCGAGUCGGAAGCUCCAAAAAGAGAGUGAGACAAUUACGCGAGGAAUUUGACCGUGGGGUUGAUGUCUCUCUGGAGGAAGAGCACAGUGUUCAUGACGUGGCUGCCUUAUUGAAGGAGUUCCUGAGGGACAUGCCAGACCCCCUUCUCACCAGGGAGCUGUACACCGCUUUCAUCAAUACCCUCCUGUUGGAGCCAGAGGAACAACUGGGCGCCUUGCAGCUCCUCAUCUACCUUUUACCUCCGUGCAACUGCGACACCCUCCACCGCCUCCUCCAGUUCCUCUCCAUUGUGGCCAGGCACGCCAGCGACAACGUCAGCAAAGAUGGGCAAGAGGUCACGGGGAACAAAAUGACAUCUCUAAACUUGGCCACCAUAUUUGGACCCAACCUUCUGCACAAGCAGAAGUCCUCAGACAAAGAAUUCUCCGUCCAGAGUUCGGCCCGGGCUGAGGAAAGCACAGCCAUCAUCGCUGUGGUGCAGAAAAUGAUUGAAAAUUAUGAAGCCCUGUUCAUGGUUCCCCCGGAUCUGCAGAACGAGGUGCUGGUCAGCCUGCUGCAGACCGACCCGGACGUGGUGGACUAUUUGCUCAGAAGGAAGGCCUCCCAAUCCUCAAGCCCUGACGACAUGCUGCGGUCGGAAGUUUCCUUUUCGGUGGGAGGCAGGCACUCAUCCACAGACUCCAACAAGGCCUCCAGCGGAGACCUCUCCCCUUAUGACAACAACUCCCCCGUGCUGUCCGAGCGCUCCCUGCUGGCUAUGCAAGAGAACACCGCCCCGGGGGGCUCGGAGAAGCUGUACAGAGGACCAGAGCAGUACAUGCUGGUGGGCCACCUGCCAUCAUUGAAGUCAAGGGAGAGUUCUCCUGGACCGCGGCUUGGAAAAGAUAUGUCUGAGGAACCUUUCAAUAUCUGGGGAACUUGGCAUUCAACAUUGAAGAGUGGAUCCAAAGACCCAGGAAUGACAGGUUCCUAUGGAGACAUUUUUGAAAGCAGCUCCCUCCGACCGGGGCCGUGCUCCCUUUCUCAAGGGAACCUGUCCUCACAUUGGCCCCGGGGGCAGGGGAGCCCCACAGAACUGGACAGUGGCCCGCAGGCCAUCCGGAGGACUCAGACCACGGCCACCAUCCCGGAGUGCCGGGCCCACCCUCCCGUGUCCCGCGUGUGCAGCACGCCCCACAUCCAGGGCGGCGGCCGGAGGUGGGAGCUGGCCACGCCCAGGCCGGAGCUGGCCACGCCCAGGCCGGAGCUGGCCACGCCCAGGUCGGAGCAGUAUUUGACUCUGAGCAGCAUGGAAGACCUCGCAGAGAGCGACCUGAACGUGGCCUGGCUGCCCACCCGCGCCAAGCCUUUGCACCAGAGACCUCGGGAGAGGGCGAGGCCCGACUGCAGGCCGCCGCCUCCUUAUCCCGGGCCCGGGAAGCAAGCUGCGGCCCACCAGCCUGCAGAGCCCCCCCUGUGGAGGCGCCAGAGGCCAGAAGAAGCUUCAGGAUCGCCCUGGGAGGAGGGAAGCCCAACAGCCCAGCGAGAGCAUCAGGCUGCCCAGCCCAAACUGAGCAGCGCCUGCUCCGGUCCCGCCAGCGCCAGCGAUCAGAACAGUAAGGGCCUGGGGGAACCCAGCUGGCUGGAUUGGGGGAACCCAGCUGGCUGGAUUGGCAGAGAGAUCGGUGGCAGAUCUGGGAGCUCUUGUCGGAAACACUGGUAUGAGCCCACACCCAGCUUCGGCCCUCAAGUCCCAACAGCUUCGGCCCUCAAGUCCCAACAGCCUUCUUUCACUCCGGAAGGAAAAGAGUUGGUGUUGGUCAAUUGGACACUUACUUACUUUUUCUUCUUUUACACUUCAAAAAAAAAUAACACAAGGGAAACCCAGUUCACUUAA